UUUUCAGUCCUGACUGCAGACAGAGGAGGAAGGUGGCUGGGGAGCAAGCACAGCAGCCCCAACAGCAGCCUCCCCGCAGCACAGCACAGCGGAGAAGGACGCGGCGACCAUGAGCGAGGCCACCGAGAACUCCUUGGAGAGCAGCCUACGGCGGCUAAAAUGCCACUUCACCUGGAACUUAGGGGGAGAAAAUUCCCUGGAUGAUUUUGAAGACAGAGUGUGUCACCAGACCGAGCUGCAGAACGGCGAGUUCAAAGCUACAGCGUACAACUUGCUGGCCUACAUAAAACACCACAGAGGCCUAGGCGAGGAGGCGCUGGAAUGCUUGCGGCAAGCUGAAGAGUUAAUCCAGCAGCAGCACCCUGACCAAGCAGAAAUCCGAAGCCUGGUCACCUGGGGCAACUACGCCUGGGUCUACUAUCACAUGGGCAGACUCUCAGAAGCUCAAGUCUAUGUAGACAAGGUCAGAGAAACGUGCAAGAAGUUUUCCAGCCCCUACAGAAUGGAGAGUCCUGAGCUGGACUCUGAAGAAGGGUGGUCGCGGCUGAAGUGUGGGAGAAAGUACACCGAAAGGGCAAAGGCGUGUUUUGAGAAGUGUCUGGAAAAGUGCCCAAACCACCCCGAGUACACCUCGGGACUGGCCAUUUGCAGCUACCGUCUGGAUGAGUGGUCAGGGCCUAAGAAUCCCAUCAAUGCGCUGAGGCAGGCCAUUCGGCUCAAUCCUGACAACCAGUAUAUUAAAGUGCUCCUGGCUCUGAAACUGCAGAAGAUGAACGAGGAAGGGGAAGCAGAGAGGUUAGUUGAAGAAGCUGUGGAGAAAGCCCCCUGUGCCAUCGAUGUGCUUCGCGGGGCAGCAAUGCUGUAUCGGAAAAAAAAUGAUGUGGACAAAGCUAUCGAACUGCUUAAACGGGCUGUCGAAUGCUCGCCAAACAACCCCUACCUGCAUUGCCAUCUUGGGGUGUGCUAUCGGGCAAAAGUCCACGAGUAUGAGAGGAGAGGCCUGAGCAGAAGGUAUGGGGAGAGAGAGGACUACCAGGAACUGAUCAGACACGCUGUGGGUCAUCUGAAGAGAGCUGAUGAGCUCAACGGAAACCUCUACAAUGUUGGCUCCUUUCUUGCCUGCCUCCACCUCCAGGCGGGUCAGUACGAAGAAGCAGAAUAUUAUUUCCAGAGAGAAUUCAGCAAAGAGCUCACGGCUGUAGACCGGCAAGUGCUCCAUCUCCGAUAUGGCAACUUUCAGUGGUUUCAAAUGAAGUGUGAAAGCAAGGCCAUCCACCACUUUCUAGAGGGCGUGAAAAUAAACCAGGACCUAAAGGCGACAGGAAAGAUGGAAUACAAACUGCGAGGUAUUGCCAAAACCAGGCUUUCCAGAAAUAGAGACGAUCCCGAGGCUUUGCGUAUCUUGGCGUGUCUUGAGGAGCUGAAUGAGAAAAGGCAGCCAGCAGAUGAAAACUCUGAGAGGGGUGUGAACUCCGGACGCCUCAGCCCUUUGGCAUCUUUCAUGGAGGAUUGAGGAAUCAGGAUGUGGUGCCCAUAGGGCUACUCCUGGGAGGGAAGCAAAACCCCCUCUCGCAGUUGGUAUCAAAAUAUUUAACUAUGAGUAUGGCGUAGGCAUGGACUAAGAGUGUGGCCACAGUCCUGGAUUGGGUCAGGACUGUGAGUUGCUUGAGUUGCUCAGGGAGUUUCAGGAAAGGGACUAAGUUGGGGGCCGGGGGGGGGGGGGGGCGUGUAAGGUCCUGUGGCUUGGUAAAGGGGCCAUUUCCCAAUUGACAUCUGUAACACUGGUCCAUUUUUGCAAUGCUUUCCCAUCACUGGUGUCAUUUGAGAUCUGUUACAGGAAUGUUCUAGGUUCAUCCAAAGGCUGGGGGACCAAAGCUUAGAUAGGGCUGGGUGUUCUCUCUCUCUCUCUCUCUCUCUCUCUCUCUCUCCUGCCUUCUUUCUCCACUGCCCUAGAUUAUCCUUAAUCUAAUUGUCCUACACGACAGCAGUUCAAUCGUCCUAUUAACUGAGGUGGGACCAUAGUUUGAAAAAUAGCAGAAAAUAAGUCAAAUCCAGAAGGGACAUAUCUCCAAGAAGUAAUGGGGUCAGUCAGUCACACUACCGAGGUUCGAGAGGCACAUGGGGGAGAUUUUGCCUUCACUCUGCUCUCCCUGUAAUCGUAAUACAACAUGUGAAGAAUUUUUUUUAAAAAGGAUUCUGGCCCUGGUCAGUGUGGUAUCGUCCCAUGCACUGAAAGUUGCCGUUUGAUUCCCCAUCAGGACACUUGCCCAGGUUUCCGACUUGAUCCCUGCUGGGGGCAUGAAAGAGGCAGCCAGUUGAUGUUACACUCUCAUGUCGAUGUUUCUCUCUUUCCCUCUCUGUUCCUCUCCAAAUAAAUAAACAAACAAACUAACUAUUAUUUUUAAAAAGGAUUCUGUACAGUAUGCUAGAAACCAAAAUAAUACCUUUCUUUAAAAAUAAAUGUCUCACCCAUAGGGAUAGGAACAGGGUAGGCAAAAGAGACCAAGAGAGAGGAAUGCUGGUUUGUCAUUGUAGAUUGUAAUCAUAUGGAGAAAUUUUCAUUUCCUUAGGCACUAUUAGGAAAAUUUAUUUGCUUUGUUUAAAAAAAAAAUGCUUUGAUGACCCCCAGGUUCAAGAUGAUAGGAAAGCAGCAGAACAGGGAAUUAUUUGGUGGCUAAGAAGCUAGUGAAAGGUCUUGGGAAAUUACAUCAGUAAAGGAAGGGUUUCCCACCACUAGAAAUGUAAAUUCGGUGAUAUAAAAGUUCUCUUAACCCUGAAAUUUUUUAUGAAAACACCCAAAUUAAUGGUAUGUUUGGAGCAAUUGGAAUUUUCUAGGUAGAUACUGAAUAGCCUACAAAUGUCAAGUUCUGUGUGACCCAAAACACAGUCAGCUGACCGAGCACAAGACCAUCAGUUAUUCUCCGGGUUGCAAAGUGUUUGUCUGUUGGGGUGGUUAUCUGGGGCUGGAAGGAGGGGGCGGGGAUACAAGAGAUUCUGUUUAAGGGUACAAGCUUGCAACUAGUAGAUAAAGAAGUUCUGGAAAUCUAAUGCACAGGACAGUGAAUAUAGACAAUAAUACUGUGUUAUAAUCAUCAACCUUGUUAAGACACUAGAUCUUAAUUAGUCCCACCACAAAAUAUGUCAAACAAUUGCAAUCAUAUUACCAUAUAAAAAUGUAGCAAGUCAACAUGCUGUACACCUUAAACUGACACAAUGUUAUAUAUGAAAUAUGUUUCAAUAAAAUUAAGUCUAUAUUAACAUGUUCAUCAAGCAAUUAAAACAUUAUAUGUAAAUCAAGGUUCUUUUUCUAUUAAAAUUUCCAACUACUGUGA